AUGGAGAUGAUUGAGGAGAUUUAUGCAAAUGCAGGUGUUACUCCAGACAGCGGAGCUGAUUCCAGUGACAGUAACAGUUCAUAUGAAGAAAUUGAUGUGAACGAGGACAAUUUGGAGACCCAGCGGACCGGAAGACUCAAGCAGUCUGAGACCUCAGGAAACAACCAUGCAGGGAAUAAAUGUUACAGAGUGACUGCAGUGUGUCCGCUGCUGCUGUGUGUUCUCCUGCUGACUGCCAUCACAGUGCUGUGGAUCAAAUUCAACAGCGUGAAUACAGAAAACAACCAGCUACAGACCAGAUACAGCAACCUGACUAUAGAGAGAGACCAGUUAAAAUUAGAGAGAUACCAGUUACAAACUAGUUACCACAACCUGGCUAAAGAGAGAGACCAGUUACAAACCAGUUACAACAACCUGAAUACACAGAGAGACCAGUUACAGACCAGUUACAAGAAACUGACCAAAGAGAGAGACCAGUUACAGACCAGUUACAACAACCUGAACACAGAAAAAGACCAGUUACAGACCACUUACAACAACCUGAACACAGAAAAAGACCAGUUACAGACCAGUUACAACAACCUGAACACAGAAAAAGACCAGUUACAGACCAGUUACAAGAAACUGACCAAAGAUAGAGACCAGUUACAGACCAAUUACAACAACCUGACUAAAGAUAGAGACCAGUUACAGAAGCAAAAAGUUGAACUUCAGGAAAAGUUGACUAAGUUGGGAUGGACAUUUUUUAGCUCCAAGCCUUACUACAUCUCCAGUGAGAGGAAGACCUGGACUGAGAGCAGACAGGACUGCAGAGAGAGAGGAGCAGACCUGAUGAUCAUAAACAGCAAAGAGGAGCAGGAGUUUGUGGAUAAUUUGAGCAAGAGCAAGAAACCUGGCGUUUAUAUUGGUCUGACUGACCUUGAUAAUGAAGGAGUGUUUAAAUGGGUGGAUGGAACAUCACUGACCACUGCGUACUGGUCAUCUGGAAAUGUUUUUUCAGAUAGUGAGGACUGUGUUGUAAACAGGUAUGAUGGAAGUGAUGGAUGGUAUGACAGACCAUGCACAGAAACUUACUACUGGAUCUGUGAAUAACUCGUCUCCACUAACAACAUAAGACCAUCAUUACAAUUACACACA